AGGGGGUUAGCAGCUGCCUGACGCCAAGGGUCAGGGGUGUGCCGGGCAGCAAGUUAAACUACUUGCUUUAAAUACAAGCUUCAUAAAUAUUUUUGUUUCUUUAUGGGUUUUUUUUUAAACACUACGCCAUAUUAAAAUUAUAUUCUCGCGCUUUUAACUGAACCAGCUAAUAUAAAAGUCCGUUCAAGAUGAUUGACACCGUGAGCGGUGCAGAAGCUCUGCCCUUUGUGCUACAGCUGAAGACCCUUUUGGAACAGGAAGUCCGGUGUCAGCCGAAACUGAGCGGCCUCCGCGUCCUGGAGUCGGCCCACGACAACGGCAUGAGGAUGACUGCCAAGAUGAGGGACUUCGAGGUGAAGGAUCUGCUCUCUCUGACUCGCUUCUUUGGGUUCAGCGCCGAGACGUUCUCCUUCGCCGUGAACCUCCUGGAUCGCUUUCUGUCUGUGAUGAAGAUUCAGCCCAAACAUCUGUCCUGUGUCGGCCUUUGCUGCUUCUACAUCGCCGUGAAGACUUCUGAAGAGGAGAAGAACGUUCCUCUGGCUAACGAUCUGCUCCGAAUCAGCCAGAACCGCUUCACCGUUUCAGACAUGAUGAGGAUGGAGAAGAUCAUUCUGGAGAAGCUCUACUGGAAAGUUAAAGCUCCUACAGCACUGCACUUCCUCAGACUGUUUCACAGCCACAUCCAGGAGAACUUGGACGCUGAUGGUAAGAAGAUUCUGAACAUCGAGAGGCUUGAGGCUCAGCUGAAGGCCUGCCACUGCUCCUUUGCCUUCACAAAGCUACGGCCAUCAUUGGUUGCGCUGGCAUUGCUGGCCCUUGAAGUUGAGGAGCAACACCAGUCUGAGUCGGUAGAAGCUCUGAGAGAGGCUGUGAAGAAUCUUCAGGACCAACUGACCAUUAAAGAUGGGGACUUGGUGUGUCUGAGGGAGCUCAUCUCCAAGUGCCUGGCUGAAUAUUCCGCCACCAAGUGUUGGAAGCCGAACAGCCAGAGACUGCGCUGGAUCAUCUCAGGACGAACAGCACGCCAGCUGAAGCACAGCUACUACAAGAUCGCUCAUCUCCCCACUAUCCCUGAAUCCACCUCUUAAACCCUUGCAGUGUGAGACUUUUUUUUUUUUGUGCUUUUUUUUUUUUUUUCUCCUCCUUAAGCAUGCAAGUAUUUGACUUUGGAAGAUCCUGGUCGAGUGUUUAGCUAUCAGCCAGAGAGGGUCAUUCCUCCCUGGUUUGACUGGCUCGAGUGUGUGUACACAGCACUCCUUGAAUCGGCGCCUGAUUUGCGCCGGUUGUUUAAAGUCGUUGAAAGUAUUGAACCGCCUAGGUCCUCAGUCCACCAUGUGGAAGAGGAGGGAGAAGGGUUUUGUGAUAAGACGAACAUCAGAGGAACCAAGAAAUCGGGCCCAAAACCCUUAACUCCCACCCUAGGUUGUUACUGUCCUCUAGCACACUCCUGCCCAAGGUGACUUAUAGAAGUUUCUUUUCUUGUUCAGUGCCGUUCUAAGGUCACAUGACCCUGAACAUUAACACAGCUGACCUUAACACACUUCGGCUUUUGUAGGUCCAGGUUUAAAAAUUAAACAAUUAGACCCUGUGUGUAAAUUAAUUAGGACAAUUUCAUUUUUGUUCUACAAAUCAAAGCUAAGAUUUGUUUUCUUCCUCUUGACUGAGUAAAUGGGUAACUAAUGACUUGUACCCUGAAAGUGGACCUUUCAAUAAAACUUAUUGAAAUGCCAA